AUGGCCCCGGUGCUCCUCAUCGUACACGUGCUCACUGUGUUUGUGCUGAGCUGCGCGCGCGCCGUCCCGCUCCGGGACCAGGUGGACCCCUUGACGGUCCCCCGGGCGAACCCGCAGUGCUGGGAGUCUUCCUCGGCUCUGCUGCUGGAGAUGCGAUCCCCGAGGAUCGCUGACACGGUGCCCGCCCUCUGGGACGUGAUGAAGUUCCUGCGAGCGUCAGACAACAGCAAACACACGGCACUGUUCUGGGACCUGGCCCGGGUCUUCUGGGACCUUUAUCUGGACUGUGUGUUGUCCCGGAGUCAUGGCCUGGGAAGGAGACAGGUGACCGCGGUACACUCCCUCAUCACUGACAGAAAUGGAUGUGGCUUAUUGGGUGUGGCUCUCAUGAUCGUCCUCUUAGAUCAGGAGAGGAGUGUGGAACUUUCUUCCAAGUCCUUCAGGUUCAACAGAUCAGGAGUGAACUCGCAGGCGUGGAUCAGUGUCAGAGUGAGACGUAGAGGACACAUAAAGACCCUGAAGACUAAACGUGAAUCAAACACAAACCACCACAAAUAA